AUGGACUUCAUUCGUGUGACAGAAAUCCCAAAGAAGCACAUUGUGAAAAGGUGGACACGAGAUGCGAGAGAUGUGCUUCCAGCCCACCUGAUGCAGUACCAGAGAGACAACGCUCAGGAAAACCCAUUUAGUUUCAGGCAUUUCAAUCUGUACAAGCAAGCCAUAGAGCUUGUACGCAUGGGAGACUCAAGUGUGGCAGCUUACGAUCGCUUGACAUCACUAUUCAAUCACUGUGCAGCCGAGAUGAAGCCGUACACGGAUGUCAGAGAUGGCCUAGGUUUGGAGGACAGGUUAGCCGGCAAUGGUACUGUUCAGAAAAUGUUACAAUCAGGAGGCGACGUAUGCAAUCCGUUCGAAGCUACACAAGCCGACGACGGAAACGAUGACAGCAACUCGUCUAAUGAGUCUGCAAAUAGGAUCGAGAACCUGCUGGCACCUGCCAGACGGAAGCAAGUUGGGAGGCCGACAAUGAGUAGGGAGAAGGCGCCAUACGAAGGUUUAAGUAAGAGAACUAGGUUCUGCGGGAUAUGUAGGCAGCAGGGACACAAGCGGACAACCUGUCCCGAACGAGGAGAUGUACCAAAGCAGCCACGUAAACCAGCAAGAUGCAAGAAUUGUGGAGUUGAAGGACACCGGAGGAACAAUUGCCACAAGGCCGCGCAACUAAGGCUGGUUUAAUGCUCGAAAGAGCUAUAUGGUGUCCAUCUUAAUAAGAUAAAUUUCAAUUUCAUCCUACUAACCUAUUUUUUAUUUCUGAGGACUAGACGUAAACCAGGUUACCAUGUAUGUUUAGCUGUUAUCUGUUAAACUAGUUUCAUCCUAUUGAAAUGUUUUCUCUGAAUUUUCUGAAUAUGUACUGGUCAUGUUGAUCAUGUAUACGGUUGUUAAAAUUUAGAGUUAAUACCACAAUUGGUACAUAAACUUGUAGGGGUGGGAACAGAUUCAUACAAAAACUAAAAA